AUGGUAUCCCGGCAUGCAGCAGGAGGCCGUGGAGAGAUCCAGCAGCUGGUGGUGAGUUACCAGAGCGGCGAGCAGGCAGCAGCCGACGGUCAACACAGCGCACACAGUUCCCACUCCAUGUGAGAUAAACGGAGCCGUCUACCUUACAGGCGACAGAAAAUAUGCUGACGCGCCACUGAAGAGGCUUCUGAGUCGCCAUUGUCACCCGGUAAUCAUUUUGGAGGAUUCCUCCCUCCGUCCUCCGGAGCGAACCGAACAGGCAAUGACAGCGGUCUCAGCAACCCCGCAGCAGAUGAGGGACCGGCUGCUGCGGGCCAUCGACAGCCAGAGCAACAUAUGCAACAUGGUGGUCGUGUUGGAGGUAAUUGCCUCUCUUGAAAAGUAUCCCAUCACCAAAGAAGCACUUGAGGAAACCCGACUAGGAAAAUUGAUCAAUGAUGUAAGGAAGAAGACCAAGGAUGAAGAUCUUGCAAAGCGUGCUAAAAAACUCUUAAGGAACUGGCAAAAGCUGAUUGAACCUGGGCCAGCCGUCCCUGCGAGUGCUCCCGGGUCGACCAAUGGCAGUUCUCAUCCCUGUCGAACGGACGCCUCUCCUCCUGACAUUUCUCUGCCCGGGAAGGGCGUCCCGGAAGUCAAAGUCAGAAAUGACGUUCACAACACAUACUCACCGAAAGCUGAGAAAUCAAGCAGCCGCAAGCGGCGGGCAGAGCACAGAGACAGUGGAGUGCACUUACCGGAAAAAAUCUCCAAGAUGUCCUCGUUCGAUAACUCUGUUUCACCGCCCCCCACUAACGGGAUCGCAGGCAGCCCAGAUACCCCCCUGCCCGACCAGGAGGUUGUCCCGUCUCCGGACAGAUCUCGGAUAGAGCACCUUGAUAAUGAUAAAAUUAACAGAAUUCCGGUUAACGCUGUCAAGCCUCGCCCCAGCUCCCCCGGUGUGGCUAAACUACCCAGCACUUCCUCUUUGAUCAAAGUCGCUGUGAUGCAGCAGGCCAGAUUGGACGAAGGAGGAGGGGGCUAUUAUCAAGCCAAAAGUCCCCGUGGUCUCACUACCAGUCCAAGGAGCCUGAAGCAAGACACAGUGACCAAACGCUCUUCAGCAUAUACACCGAGGGGAACGCCGGUCCCCAGCCCUUCCUCCAGGGACUCUCCCUUGUCUUUUUCCCAGCCUGUGUCCUCCCCAAGCCAAGCAUCCUACGCUGACAAGCUGCCUCAUUCUUCUUAUAGGUCUUCUCUGCACUGGGCCAGUUCGUCAGAAGCCCCCUCUCAUUGCCCACCACAAGACAUAUCUACAACACUGGAAUCCCCAUCAGCCUCCCCCUCUUCCUCACUUACCCAACAGAACUCAGAACUACACAGGCCCAUGUCCGAGGGAGCCGUGUCGGUGUCUGACGACACAGAUGGGACGACAGUGUCCAAUUCGGAGCAUAAAAGGAGGAAGUACAGGUCUAGAGACUACUCUGUCAACUUAGAUGGUAAGAAAAUAGAGGACUCGACUAAGCCUGUGCGGUUAAAAGAACGUAGGCUGACAUUUGACCCCGUCACAGGUCAGAUCAAACCUCUGGUGCAUAAAGAAAUGUCUCAAUCUGAGGAAGCCCCCACUCCCGAUCUUGCUCCGUUUAGGCAGAGAACUGAAAGCACUGUACAACAGACCCCUGUCCCAGUCCCAGUCCCCAUUCCAGUCCCAGUCCCAGUCCCAGUCCCGGGCCCAGGCUCAGGUCCAGGCCCAGCGCCGGGUCCCAGCCCCAACCCCUUCCACCAAACAAACUGGAAGGAGCUGUCUAGAAAUGAAACCAUCCAGUCCUACUUGAACCUUCAGAGCAAUGUGCUUACCUCCUCGGGGGUCCAGGCUCCCAGUGCACACUUUUUCAUGUCACAAUAUCUGAAAAGGGAAGAACAGGAGGUUAAGGAAUCAAGGAAAACGCACGUUUUGCAGACGGACAAUUCAAUAGGAGAGUUACCGGGCGUGAGCCGGGAGCUGACAGACGAGGACCUGGACAGGAUACACACACAGCACUGGCCUGGUGUAAAUGGUUGUUAUGACACCAAGGGUAGCUGGUAUGAUUGGACAGAGUGCAUAUCACUGGACCCUCACGGGGACGAAAGUAAAUUGAACAUCCUGCCAUAUGUUUGCCUAGACUGAGGGGUUUGGGAAGGUUGCUGUCACCUUUCCACUCCUUUCUCUGUCUCCACAGAGAGAAGAGACACUUUGUGAUUUUGUUUGUCCACUGUGAGUUUGGCAAAAAAAAAAAAAAAAAAAAAAACAGGUCGGCUAAACUCCCUUCCCCAAGCCUCUUCCUCUUUCUGUAAUAUUCUGUUCAAAUUUUGAUAGAAAAAGAGUAAAGAUUAAAAGAAUAGUUGAGUUUGUAAUAUCAAGGGCUGUUUCUGUUUUAUUUUUCAAACUGAAAGCCACAGGAAUGAUGAGGCCCGUGUCGCAGAGUUCUGCUUCUAUCAGUGAAGGCAAAAAAUAAAAGGGACCAAAUUAUUCCAGACGACCUGAAGCGGUGUUAACGUUGAGAACGUUUGAUGUUCUGACCAGGCCGACUCCCAACUUCAGGCGCACUGGGGUGACACCGUUUCCCUUUUGACCUUCUGGUUUUUAAUGAUUAGUAAAAAUCUAGGGUUAAAUUUCGAGGGAAGGCUGGGGUUUAGCUGUCCUGUCCAGACCACCAUGUUGGUGCCCAGAAAGGUGUUGAUAGAGUUCAUCUAGCACAGUUAGAGCUGAAUGUGUCCAGACCAUGAAAUACUGGCGCAUGUUUGGCAGUUACAAGAAGCUUUAUGUGAGAUAUAAAGAGUAAAUUAUAAAUUUCUUAUCAUGUAUACAUCUAUUUAUUUUGACCAGUUCAUUUAUGGGAUGUCCAUCAAGACAAAUGUUCAAAAAAACCUAUAGAUUCUUCUUCUUUUUUUUUUUUUGUUUGCAUUACGACGUUGUCAUCUUAGUCUUCAUUGUUGAAGGGGACAUACAGACGUGCUGCUUGGUCUUUCUGUCAGAUUGACCAAUGCUUUUGGUUAUUAACAUUCCAGACAACACUCUUCACCCACUUUUUCUCUCUGUCUCAUCACACGGCUCCUUUCUGUCUAUACCACCUCAACAAUAGUUUGUUGUGGAAAUGAACCAGUUUCAAACUCCAUAAUAAAUAGUGUGGUGCUACUUUAAAAUUCAAGCUUAAGCAUAGUGGGAGGGGGGGGAAAUACUGUCCUUCCACUCGUUCUCUGCAAAGUAUUAAACGAAUGUCAAAUCAGAUGGUGUUGAUCAAUGCUUGCAUUUGAGAGACAAAAGCAGGGAUAUGUUUAAAUGCUGGAACUCACUUAGUUUCCAUUGUUAUAGAUAUUCUUUGCCUUCUGAAACUCCUCAGCUUUCUUUUUUUUUUCUUUUCUUUUCUGAGUUUAACAGCCUUAGUGAAUGUACAGCAUUGAGACCUCGUAUGCACUUGUACAUAAGUUGAUAACUUGUUGGUCAUUUCAUUUAAUUCGAGUGUGAAUAGUGGCUGAUGCUUCCGCAAAAUACCCAAGUUAUGUGCCCAUUGUUUAUUCAGCAUUUCACACGUUUACAGUUUAGAGAACAUUUAGGAUGCAGUUUGACGUUGCAUUUCAUUUGCUUCCAUUUUUUUUUUCUUGGAAAAGCAGCAAACGUUGGAGGAGAGAGAGAGAAAGCUGUGAGCAUCAGAUGAUCUCGGCGUUUUUUCCACAUUAUGAACAAAUCAGAGUUUAAUUUCCCUUUAUACUCAUCGGUCGCUACCACUCUUCUCACAUGAUUUAAGUUAAGACUGUCUUCUGUGCAGCCUGUGUCCCUUCAUUCAUUCUUUUGGCCAUUCAUCCCUACCAAUGUGCCUUGGUAAACGGUAAAUAAAUCUGGGUUUGCUUCCGCAUUAAAACACGCCUGUCUGGAGCUGGGUUUAAUGUGGGAGGCUUCCAAAUCCCACGAUCGAGAUGACGCUGGUAUAUGCACCCAUUUGUCUGUCGAACUUUUUGUACACGCUGAUCUGGCGAGGGUGAAGCUGCAGGCGGUGAGAAACUGCACAAACAACACAGCUGGCAAUAAAGGAGAAGUGCUACAACUGGUUGAUAAGAAUCUGUUUUUCUGGAGUUUUGACUGGGGCAUCUUUAUUUGUUCAGUGUUUAACAUCUCUCGAUUGUUUGAAAAAUAAAAAUGAUCUAAAUCUUC